UCAUCCAAGCAUCGUCCAGGGUCAUAAACCGUCGAGACAUGUGAAGCUCCAUAUCACCAGUGGGAUUGUCCAUCUCGACCGGGUAGCUCGUAUGCUUCGCCAAUAUUAUAUCGGCAGACGCGAGAUGAUGGACCAUUGGGGGAUCAUCCAUAAUGGUUCCAAUAUGUCACAACACCAGGUCGCCAGAAUUCAGCUCGAAGAAAUUGCAAGCACUCGCCGCUUUGCUGCGUUGCACACUCGUUUAGUGUUCGAAGGAACUCGUCAUGGCAUGUUCGGAUUACCGCACGGCCGACUGGUGGAAAACUUUGACUCCAAGUACAAUGCCGAAUUUAUGGCUGCACUUCCGCCAUAUGAGAGACCUGGGCACAAUUCCGACCAGUUGUACGAAGCGUUCCGGUGCCUGAUGACUUGGGAAGUGUACGUGCCCACCCUAGAACAAGAGGCGUCGUGGCUGGGAUUUUGGGAUACAGCUUACUCCAAAAUGCCUAGUAAUAACAAUCGCGAUGAAAUUCUCAGAAUUGUGAGCCUCGGGGUAGCAUGGCAUGAUGGGGGUAACUGUGGAACCCAGAACCUGCCCUGAGCGAAACGGCUGGACUUCACGUGGAGGUUCGUACAUCAGCGUGUAGCAAUUAGUACCAGCAUACUAGAGGUCAGUUAGUCGCUGCAUCCAGCGUAAAACAUUC